GGAUGAAACGUCGAUAACAAGCAACUUCUAGAGGCGCUUAGCGGUGCUUUCGUCCAGUAUACACGAGUAUCAGUGAGUCGCACGGAGAACGAUUCGUAAUUGGACCACUCAGUGGAGUAACGAUGCUACUGCUCAUAGCACUGGUCGCAGUCAUUUGUCUGCACACCGGGACUACAGCCCACAUUCACUCAAAUGCAUCGACGACGACAACUGUGACACUCCCCGGUAUUUGUGAAUCUUUUGGUAACACGUUUUGCAACGUACCAUGCAAAGUGGUGCCCGGGACAAGCGACGUAUUUUUCUGCGAAUGUCCAAAAAACACUUCCUACUUCGACGCGGCAGAAAAAGGCUGUUUGCCGAAGACAUCUUGCAAGACAACGGAAUGUGCUAUCGGUCAUUGCAAGCCUAUAGAUUCCAAAACAGUCACCUGUUCGUGCGACCACGUCUCCAACCUUACCAGAAAAUGCGAAGUGGAGCCAAGUUUUCAAGAAGACUGCACAAGGAAAGGAGGCCACGCCAGAGUGCCAGAAAAGUGGCAGCAGGGACCGAUUUGCGACUGUGGCGAUUGGGCGGCCAUGGACGAUUUGGCGGGAAAAUGCGUUCCCACCACUUGCUUGCAUCCGGGAAUCACCUGCUCACAUCUUUGCAACAAGGGCUUGCUUGGCAAAGACUUACGUUGUUGUCAAGGCUGGGACGCUAAAGACUGUUCAAACGUUCCUAGAGAAGGCUCGUACUGUACCCCUGGUACAAUUUGGGACGAUGAUGAAGGCUGCAUGGAUGCGUGUUCCUUACACGAAGCGAGACUGCUUUGCCCACAUGGAUGCCGGCAACCCAGUAGAGGACGGAAAUCCUACGAGUGCAACUGCAAAGAGGGGAGCAUUUUAUCCGAUGAUGGAAUCACGUGCGAAGAGAUUUCUCAAGUUCGCUCUUGCAAUGAAACGGAAAAGCAGCAGUGCCGCUCAGACCAAUCGUGUUCGGUGAAAGGCACAAAGGUUGCUUGCAAAUGCGCAGAAAACGAGCAUCUCGUAGACGACGUCUGCACAAGUAAGGGUACAUUUCACUGCACCAUUCGACUGAAACAUUGA